CCAGUGUUGAAAAGAUUUAUCAUUGGAUCUGGUAACCCGAUGGGUCGAAGUAGAGAUCCGCCUGAAACACACUUCUAUCCUAAGGCCCCAGCCAUUGCCUUCGUCCUCCUCCGCCGUGGUUCUUCUGUCAGACAACCUAUAAUUAACUCGCUAUCAGACUUGUUGAUACUGUGACCACAGGAAAGGAAACAUGCUUUCAGGGUUAAAGUUUAUACCCCGGGAACAAAUCGAUAAAGCAAAGGAUGAAAACUCUGAUGAUAGUAAAAAGGAGAGAAGAAAACCAGGCAGAAGGAAAGAGAAACAUAGAAGGAAAAAGAAGACUUCACGUUACAGUAGUUCUGAUGAUGAAGGCUUUGAAAAAAUAAAAAGUGGGUCUAGAAAGAAAAAGAAAUGGUAUGCUUCAGAUGAGGAUUUGUCUUCAAAUUCAGAUGAAAGUCGAAGUGAUGAUGAUUCCGAAAUUGAUCACAAGAAACGUAAGAGUCUGAAAAGAGAGAAGAAAAAACAUGAUGGUAGCUCUCAAGAUGAACAUAGGGGUCAGUCAAAGAAGAAGACCGAGAGUCGGAAAAAACAGUAUCUGUCAGAAGAUGGAUCACCAUAUGAUUCCAGAAGUGCAAAUUCCAGUGAGGAAAGGAGGCAUCAUAAAGGAGAAAAGGGUAGUCGGAAGAAGGAUAAGAAAAGGGGAGACGAGGAUGACACUAUUGAUAGUGACUUGUAUGAUGAUGGUGAAGGAUCUCUGUCGCAAAACUACAGCAAUAUUGUGAGGAAAGAAAUGGGAUUGGACUGGAUGCUUCGGCCUAAGGACAAUACUGAGAAGACUUCUGACAAAGCCUCUGACAUGCUGCUAGAGGAAGCCUCAACUGAAGAGGUUAAGAAGGUGAAUCCUAGAGAAUUAAACCCAUAUUUGAAAGAUAAUGGGAGUGGUUAUCCGGAAGAGUCUGAUCAAGUAAAGUCUGGGAGCCAUCUUUUAUCAACUGCAGCUGUUGGUGAUGGAGGUGCCAGCUGGAGGCUAAAAGCGUUGAAGAGAGCCCAAGAGCAAGCAGCUCGUGAAGGACGGAAGCUUGAGGAGGUGGUUGAAGAGCGUUGGGGUUCUAUGGGUCAAUUUGCAGCUUCUGUGGCUUCUCGUACAGUUGCACCAACUCAUGCUCAUCUUCAUGCUAUAAGAAAUAGGAAGAAAGAGUUAAUUGAAGAAGAAAGGGCAAUUAUAAAUAACGAAAAUAAUAGUUCUGUUGAGAAGAAUUCUGAUCGGAAAAGCACUGUGGAUGUUACUCAGCAUUCUAGAAUGAGAGUGCCCAAAGUUCGAGAUUCUUUAUCCUGGGGGAAGCGCAGAAAUCAAAGUAUGUCAACUCAGGAUUCUGCUCUUGUCUCUGCUGCUAUGUCAGGCUUAAAUAGAUUUGAUAAUGAUGGAAGCUUCAUGCAUAAAAUUGUGCAUCAGAAGAAUGAUAAUUCUGUUGAUCUCAGUAAUUCUUCCCAUACUAAGUCUGAGGAAAGAGAAGAACCAAAAUCAGUUGGAUACAAAUCAGAGGAAUCUAAAGAAGAUGCAUCAAUUGUGAAGCCAGCGGUGAGUGCGAAUCAGUUGGCUGCGAAAGCCUUGCAACUCCGUAUGAAAGGAAAGCAUGAAGAAGCUGAAAAACUUAUGAAAGAAGCUGAGAAAAUAAAAGCUACACGGGUAGCUGGUAAUGAGUCAAGCAGACCGCAAAUUGAUGGGACCACUAGCAGGUAUAUUAUGAAUGAUGUCUCUGCCCGACAAAAGAAGAAAGAAGAGGAUGCUGAUCUGAAUCUAGCUCAAACCAUUAUGUGUAAUCAUCAGUAUAGCAAAUCCCGUCAGGCAGACGAUGAAUAUGAUUAUGAUGAUGGUCCAAGGAAAAAGACUCGCAAGAAAGGAGGGGGAGGCAAUCAUAAGUCAAGUGAGAUAUCUAAUUCGGCAAACCGCUUCUUCACGCAGCAAGAACGCUGUCAAUUUUGCUUUGAGAAUCCAACAAGACCUAAGCAUCUUGUCGUUGCUAUUGCGAACUUUACCUACUUGUCAUUACCUCAAAUGCAGCCUGUUGUCCCGGGUCACUGUUGCAUUUUAACCUUGCAGCAUGAAUCAUGCACAAGAUCUGUUGAUGAUAAUGUGUGGGAUGAAAUUCGGAACUUCAAGAAAUGCCUAAUAAUGAUGUUUAAAAAUCAGGAGAAGGAUGUAGUAUUCCUUGAGACAGUUAUGGGGUUGGCACAGCAGCGGCGCCAUUGUUUGGUAGAGUGCAUUCCUGUGCCCCAAGAAAUUGCAAAGCAGGCACCUGUUUACUUCAAGAAGGCAAUUGAUGAAGCUGAAGAUGAAUGGAGUCAACACAACGCAAAGAAGCUCAUUGAUACAAGUGAAAAGGGUCUGCGAGGUUCAAUCCCCAAGAAUUUCCCGUAUUUCCAUGUUGAAUUUGGAUUGCAAAGGGGAUUUGUUCAUGUAAUUGACGACGAGAAAGAAUUUAAGAGCAGCUUUGGGCUCAAUGUAAUAAGAGGUAUGCUACGUCUGCCAGCCGAGGACAUGCAUCGCCGUCGGAAGCAUGAAUCCAUGGAAACGCAGAAGCAAGCUGUCGCAAGUUUUGCUCGGGAUUGGGAACCUUUUGACUGGACAAAACAGCUGGACUAGAACUUGGAAUGCUGCCAGCUGGUUUUCAGGGUUGUUGAGACUCCCAGACUGGGUGAGCUUAAAAUGAAAGACAUCUCUGGCAAGUACUAGUGGAAGAUUUGGCAUGCUGAUGGUGUAAAAAUUAAAACUUGUGAAUUCAGGUCUUGUACUUGUUCAUGAUACUAGUCUCCAUCUCCAUGUGAUGAUGUAAAAAUUAAAACAUGUUUAAUAAAUUGAAUAUUUACAACUCCAAAUUAUUUUUAUGGAUUCAAAUUUA